AUGAAAGCGGACGUGGACAUGGACAUGAAGCUGAUCCCGAAGCCGAUUCCGAUUCCUGACCCAAUUACGGAGCCGAUUCCGAUUCUAGAUCUAAUUCCGGAACAAAUUUUGAAGCCGAUUCCGAUUCCAGAGCUGGUCCCGAAGCUGAUUUCGAUUCCGGAACCAAUUGCGGAGCUUAUUUCGAUUCCAGAUCUAAUUUUAGAACCAAAUCCGAAGUCGAUUUCGGAACCAAUUUCGAUGCCGAAUACAAUUCUUGAGCCAAUUUCCGAGCCGAUUCCGAUUCCAAGGCUAACUCCGGAACCAAUUCCUAAGUCGAUUCCGAUUCUAGAGCUGUUCCCGAUGCCGAUUCCGAUUUCGGAACCAAUUGCGGAGCUGAUUCCGAUGCCGGAUCUAAUUCCGGAACCAAUUCCGAAGCCAAUGCCGGAACCAAUUUCGGAGCAGAAUCCGAAGCUAAUUCUGGAGCUAAUCUCCGGAAUCAAUUCCGGAGCCGAUUCCAAAAAACUUCGAAUUUCCUAUCACUCUUAG